ACAGUGGAGUGCAGUGACAGCAGGAGUGCAGUGCAGUGACAGCAGUAGUGCAGUGCAGUGAAGGAGCGCUCAGUCCCUCUCCCCGCUGUCAGAGCACAGGAAGCCCGGUUUCCUCUGCUGUCUCUCCCAGCCGGGCUGGGCCGGGGCCCUGGAGACGUUGCCAGAGGAGCCCAUGGGAAGGGGCGGCUGGCCUGUGUUUACAGCAUGCCUUCCUGCAUCCCGAGGGAAGGCAGCCCGCGGCGACAUGCAGCCCAGGGAGCUGACCGAGAUCUCCAUCCUCACCUCCGGGGACAAGGCGCACUAUGCCCGGCAGAGCCCCUCCGACAACCUGCGCCGGCUCAACAAGCGGAAGGCUCUCCUGGAGGAGAAGAAGCGGCUGUCAGCCUGGAGCCUGUUCUUCGCCCUGCUGGGAAUCCUGCUCAUGGUCCUCCACACAGAGCUGCUCUGGUUCGGCAGCUGCCAGUGGUUCAACUAUUUGUUCCUGGUGAAAUGCAGUAUAAGCCUCUCCACAGCAGUGCUUCUCAUUCUCAUUUUUGCCUUUCACAUCAAGGAGACGCAGCUGUUUAUGUGGGAUAAUUCAUUAGCGGACUGGCGCAUUGCUGUGAAUGCCAAAACAUUAGCCUGGAUUCUCCUGGAGAUUGCUAUAUGUGCUGUUCACCCCUUUCCAUCUGAGCGGCAGUGUGAUGACACAGAGGAACUGCACGAGUCUUCUGAAUAUCAGACACCGCCCUUCCUCUCAAAUCUGGACUUUUUGCUGUCUAUCUUCAUGUUUCUGCGAGUUUAUUUGUUGCCCAGGACUAUGCUCCUCCAUAGCCGGGUCCUGGUGGAUGCAUCUUACAGAAGCAUUGGCUCUCUCAACAAGAUAAAAUUCCAGUAUCAAUUUGUGAUGAAGAUUCUGAUGAACACUUGCCCAGGUCGUGUCCUACUGAUACUCACUGGAAGCCUAUGGAUCAUCUCUUCCUGGGUUCUGUCUGUGUGUGAGAGGGAGAACAUUAAUGGGACUGGUAAACUAACCAACGCUAUGUGGCUGAUCCCUAUCACCUUUCUAACGAUUGGCUAUGGAGAUAUUGUACCAUACACUGUGUGCGGCAAGAUGGUGUGUCUAUGGAUUGGAAUUAUGGGUGUUGGCUGUACGGCUCUCAUAGUUGCUGUCGCUGCACAGAAGCUGGAAUUUACCAAAGCGGAGAAACACGUCCAUAAUUUCAUGUUGGAUAUACACUAUAUGAAAAAGAUCAAAUAUGCAGCAGCGAAUGUCCUGGGGGAGGCCUGGCUCCUGCACAGACACACUAAAAGAGGAGACAGAACCAAAACGCGACACCACCAACGGCGUCUGUUCUCAGCCAUUCAUGUAUUCAGACGUAGAAGAAUACGACAUAAAAAUCUCAAGGACCACGUGAACUCCAUGGUGGACAUAUCCAGGAUGCAGAUGAUUCUGUAUGACCUGGAUUCAAACCUGAAUUCUUCUCACCAAGACUUGGAAAAGAGGAUUAAUCAAUUGGACAAAAAGUUGGAUGAGAUCACUGGGCUAAUAUCAAAGAUCAUAGACUCUCCACAUCUAUCACACUGAAGUGGACCUAAAUACUAUGAUAAAAAAAAAGCUCAGGAUUUUUUUGCCACUGGAGAUUUAGCCUUAAUUUCAACAUUUCAACAUCCCUUCAUUCUUGGAAGGUUGUUUUGUGCCACAAAGUUCCAAUUUAGGAUGGAAUCAGAGAGAUCCCGUGGAGAUGAUGUGUCGGUUUUCAGACAAGACUAUAAAAACCAAACUACUGAUGUUCUUUUUCGGAAUACUUGGGUUUAAACUUGGCUUCAUAUUAUGAGACCAUACAGCACAUUUGGAUAAUCUGCAAAUCAAAAAUUUACUGAAAAGGCAAGAAAUAAUCUCUCACAGAAGAAUCGUAACUUUUAAAGCCACAUAACAAAAAUAG